AUGUGCCACUUUCAGGUCUCCUCACACUGCUGGUGGGUUCCAUUUUGUCAUAGGGUGCUGGCAGAUUACGGGCCUCCCAUUGCUGCUGCCAGGCCCGUAAUCUGUCAUGGGCCCCUGUACCGCCUCCUCAUGCUGCUGCCAGGUCCAGAGUGUGUCAUGGGUCCCUGUACGGCCUCCCAUUGCUGCUGUCUCCAUCGCCACACUCUGCCAUGUGCCACUUUCAGUUCUCCUCACACUGCUGGUGGGUUCCAUUUUGUCAUAGGGUGCUGUUAUGGGCCUUCCAUUGCUGCUGCCUCCACCGCACACUGUGGCUCCACUCUCUGGUUUUGGCCCCGUGACUGCCCAUAAUGUGUGAAAGUGGCGGUGCUUCUCAAGAUCGACGGCACUCAUCUGCAUGUCUUACUGACUGACAGUAUUAUUCUCUUCCCCAGCAGACUCCAUGGGCAUUUAAAUUAAAGGGACAGUGUUCUGCUCACUAAUAUAA